AUGGUGUCUGCCUAUGUCGAUAAUUUUCAAUGGCCGCCCUUCUUCCAGGUUUAUGUGAAGGCUGUUGGCGACACAGGGGUCAACGUUGGAGCGUUUGUCUUGGGUAUUGUGAAGAAACCAGAGAUCACCCUUAGUGGUCGAACGGUCCAGGGGACGCUUGGGUUUAACACUAUGGACGAAAUGAUGCUGAAUCUGGCCGAAUCUAUGUUCCUUGGUUGGGGAAGAGAAUUGAACCUGAUAUUGCAAUAUUUGGAAAUGACUGGGGGACGUGGCUGGAUGCCUUCGGGGAAAGACAGCUCCUUGAUUAUAGCCAAGGACAUUGGCUUGGAUGUCGGUACUGAGCUUGAAAGCUGGAAGGAAAACAUGGUCAAGAAGAACUGGAAAUAUGUGCUUGAUAUUAAACAAUGGGUGCUCUAA